AUGCAACGUCAGCACGUCGAAGUGCACGUGGCAACGCGGCGUCCUCGUUUCCCGAUCGCGUUCUCCUUGUCCACUGGUACUUGUUGUGCAUGUCGUUACCAGGAUUUGGCAACCGUGGUUAAAACAGAAGAGGAAAGCGACGUUGACAACGAAUUUGAGGAAGAAAUAUAUUUUGGAGAGUGCGCAAUAAAAGAAGAAAUUGAAAUUCAAGAAAAUGAUGUUUCAACUGAAAUAAAAGAAGAAAAUAUUGAAGAACAAGUAGAUUUAUGGUGUUUUAAAUGCGGAACGUACGAAAACAGCAUGUGCAGAAAAUGCGCAAAUUUAAACGGGCCCGGUUCGGAUUUGCCGGAAAAUUUGCGUUUAGGUCCGUCCGGAAUUAAAAACGACUUUGGUGUUUUUGCAUUGGAAAACUUCGAGAGAAAUGUCGUUUUUGGGCCCUUCACUGGCUUGGAGAAGAAAAUCAGCGAAAAAACUGGAUUGGAAACGUGGAAAAAAAAGGACGGAGUCUUGGUUACAGCAGAAAACAACCCAUGCUACAUGAAAUACAUAAAAAACGUCGAAAACGAAAAAGACCAAAAUCUGUUUAUCUACCAAGAUGGCGACGAAAUUUUCUUCAAAACCGUCCGCACGAUAUUCAAAGGCGAAGAAUUGUUCGUACUGUACGACAAAAAAAUCCCCAUAGUGGUAAAAAACCCGGAAAAACUGGAAAGCUAUCAGUGCGAGUUUUGCGAUCUCAGCUUAGGCAACCGCAGCAACAUGCGGGGGCACCAGCGCACCUGUCGGUGGCGAUUCAUGAAAGAAAAAGAAGAAUGUCGAUAUUUCCAAUGCCAACAUUGCAAAACCAUCAUCAUGGACGAGGCCUACUACAAGACCCACAUCGCGAGAUGCACGCAUAGAACUGUGGAAAGCAAAAUUCCAAAGAAUCCUUUUUACAUGAAGUGCGACGAUUGCAGCUACAAAACAUGGCGUAAGCCAGACCUGGACCGUCACAUGUUCAGGAAACACAAAAAAGGCGAAAAAAUGCCAACGUUUAAGUGCCCUCAUUGCGAGUAUUCUUCACCCAGAAAAAACACUUUGAACAGGCAUCUCAACACUCACUCAAAAACGAGAUUGUUCAAGUGUAUUUACUGCGAAAAACGCAUUUCCACCGUGAGGAACAUGUAUAAUCACGUCUUGAACAACCACAAGCAAGAGAACGACGAGAAACAGUUGGUACCGAUUAAAUGCAAAGUUCACACGUGCGAAAAGUGCGGUUACAUCACGGUGCAAUUGUGCCACUACAAAGAACACGUAAAAAUAUGCAAGGGCGCGCCAAAUUCGUAUUUCUGCGACAGAUGCGAGUACCGAUCGACGAAUAAAAAAAAUUUAAACAAGCAUUUAAAAACGCACGGCAACGACAACAAGGGUUACCUCUGCAACUACUGCGAGUACAAAAGUAAUCAAAAGAAGUCGCUGGAAAAUCACUUGUUGAACGCGCAUCCGGAAUACGACCAUGCCAAACUGAUAACCCACAAAGUACACAGUUGCCAGAUGUGCAAUUUCACCACCGUGAUACAAGUCAACCUCAGCAGGCAUAUAAACAGUGUACACAAAAAAUAACGUUGGAAACGUCAAUAUAGUUUUGAGGUUAUACAAACGUCAAAAAAGUGUUGUUCUUGGGUGAAACAUUCGCCACUUUGUUUAGUGUAUAUUUUAUGAUGGAAUGUUGUAUAUUUUAUGAUGGAAUGUUGUAUAUUUUAAAUAAAUUUUAUGUAAUUUCGGUACUAACCUUCGGUUUUUUUUGCCUUUGUUGCAUUUUCAUCUUGUUUUUGCAUUUUGGGCUGCUCGGACUUGAUUUUGAUUCGUGCACGAGUGCUUUCACGUUUUGCGACGUUGCGUCGGAAAUUCUUUGAUACUCCGACUCUGAGCGAGAUUUUUUGGUUUCACCUGCAAAAAAUAUUAAAUUUUGCACAAAAAAAAUCGAUAAAAUACCUUCGGAUUUGCUGCACGCAUUGAUUUUGUCGCAGCUUUUCCCGAUUUUUUUGUACAUGAUCCUCUGCUUGGCGCCCAACUUUCCGAUGGACUCCAAGUCGGUUUUCGACAACUUCCGGUCGUCUUUCGACAACUUCCGGUCGGUUUCGGUAUCUGAAAACCUUUUGGUGACAAAAAAAACACCAAACUCGCCAAAAACUCACCAGAUUUCGACGUGGGUUGGCUAGACUGCCUUCUGCACAUCAUAUCGUGCAACUUUUCUUUUAUGUGCUGCUCCAACCUAUCGAUGCUGAUCUGCUGCGUGCUACCGAUUGAUUUUUUCGGCUUCAUCGGCGUACCUUGCGGUUUUUCGCUCUGACCUACGACGAAAUACAGUUAAUUAAGUUAAUAUACAGGGCCCUAAUUAGCACUGUACUGCCAGCCGAUUUACUUCUCUCGCGUUCUUGGAUGUUCGGGCGCACUUUUUCGAGCAGUUGGCCUAGAACGCGGGAUCUAGAGCGCGGUAUUUUGCCCAGCGCCGCCUCAGACUGCUGCAGGAUGCCUGCGAAAUGUUAGGUUAUGAGAAGAAAACGCGCAUUUUUAGAACUGUCUUGGAACAUUUUUAACACAUUUACAAAAAAUCGAUUUAUCUUCUAAACCAAUAGGAUUCCUUCAAAAUAUCAAGAAUCAAAAUUUGUAAACAAUUGAAUUUUCUACAAAAAUUAUUCCCUGACAUUUUUUUGAUUUUUGCUUGGUUAUGAAUUUAUUUGCGAUUUUGUAAGUUGGCCUACCUUAAUUUUGACCACAUUUACAAAAAAUCGAUUUAUCUUCUAAACCAAUACGAUUUUCUCGAAAUAUUAAGAAUCUUAAUUUGUAGACAACUGAAUUAUCUACAAAAAUUAUUUUUUGACAUUUUUUCAAUUUUUGCUUCAUUAUGAUUUUAUUUUCGAUUUUGCAAGUUGGCCUACCUAAAUUUUGAACACAUUUACAAAAAAAUCGAUUUAUCUUCUAAACCAAUAGGAUUCCCUCAAAAUAUCAAGAACCAAAAUUUGUAGACAACUGAAUUCUCUCCAAAAAUUAUUCCCUGACAUUUUUUCUAUUUUUGCAUCGUUAUGAAUUUAUUUGCGAUUUUGU